AAAAACAGCGACUGGGGGUUGGCUUCGUCACACUCAGCUGGUAGCGAUGCUUUCCAGCACCAGCUAGCCGGUUAGCAGGCUCUGUGUGACGGGGGGAAGCCGCGUGGAAAGCUGGUAUCGUCCUGCAGCUGCCCCCAACAGGAACACGCAGGGGAGGGAACUCUUUAUACGUAAAUGUUCUUUAAACAGGUCCGAAAGUUUAAAUUGCAUUUGGCUUCGUAACGUAGCGGAGCAAGCCGGUUAGCAGUUAGUUUACCGCCACUAGCAAACUUAUCUUGGGCAUUAUUGGGUGGUCUGAGGCUGACAUCCAUGAUAACGGCUUUAGGGUAGCUUUAGCAAACGUAGCUAGACAAACAACAAUGAACGCCGAGGAGACCAGCGCGGCGAACAAAACCGUUCCGGAGGAUGAUGGCAUGACCUGGUGGUACCGGUGGCUCUGCAAAAUAGCUGGUGUUUUGGGAGGAAUCUCCUGUGCCGUAUCGGGAGUGUGGAACUGUGUCACCGUGAACCCUUUAAACAUCGCUGCUGGAGUCUGGAUGGUGUUGAACGCCUUCGUGCUGUUCCUGUGCGAGGUCCCAUUCUGUUGCCAGUUCAUAGAGUUCGCUAAUGCAGUGGCGGCCCGUGCGGACAAACUCAAACCCUGGCAGAAGGCCCUCUUCUACUGCGGGAUGGCCCUGUUUCCCGUGUUUCUCAGCUUCUCCUUCACAACGCUGUUCGGGAACGCCAUCGCCUUCGCCACCGGGGUUCUGUACGGCCUUGCAUCCUUAGGCAAAAAGGGGGACGCGGUGACCUAUGCCCGGCUGCAGCAUCAGAAACAGGGAGACGAAGAGAGGAUGACAGCAGCAGCUAAUGGAGCUCCGGAGUGAGCCCCUCCUCCUCUUCCUCAGUUUUCUUUAAGUCCCACACUUUUGCCUCCAUGUCCUGAACCCCCGCUGCAUCCUCCUGCAUUAUGCGUCCCUACACUACAUGACUGUUGCAGUUUUAAUUUAUUUACAUGCUGCUUUAUUCCUCUUCUGACCCAUUAGUAAGUAAGAAGACUGACACUGGAUUCUGAUCAUUAUUUGGCGCUUGAGGCGUAAAAGGGAUUCAUCAUUGUUAGAAACUGAAAUACUCAGUUGGUACGUUUAAAUGUUUUUACUCUUUUUUUGGGUUUCUUUUCCUUUUUUCCCCCCCUGCUGAUUUCUGUUGUGAACCCAGUUUUGUUAAAAGUGUUUAUCUCUCUGUUCCCCCAAAGUCUUUCAGGAAAUAGGAGCGAAAAGGAUUGAGUGUGUUUUUGAAAUGUACAUAAUUAUUCUCAGGCUCUUCAGUCUUACUUAAAAGCUUUGAUUCAGAGUUGUGUGACGGGGGGGGGGGGGGGGGGGGGGGCAGCACACAAAGAAAGAUCGAACAACACUCAGAUUUUCUUCUAAACAUCCUCUUUCUCUCUCUCCCUCUCUCUCU